AUGUAUUUAAGAUUAACUCAGGUCCAAGGUCAAAAUUCUGGUCAUAAUCCGAAUAAUUAUCGUAUUGCAAACCCUUUCGGAACUUCAACUGAAUGGCCAAGCUAUUCAACCGCAUACUUGGCCGGAAUUAAUGAAAGGGUAUCUAAGAAGAUUAAAUAUGGUAGAAACGAAAAACUGAUGACCUUUUCAAGACUAAUAACGCCCGUCACUUACACUAAUAACAUUUCUAUAAAAAAGUAG